ACAUGAUCCGGCCAAAACAGCAUGUCAUGAGCCAUGGCAUCGCACUCUUCAGAGGACGAGGGCUACGGCUUCGACGCCUCAGUACCGUUCAAGGGUGUCAUUGUGUGCUGCACCAGCAUCCCGCCUGAUCAACGGACAGACAUUGCCCAGAAGGUUGCCGAGCUCGGCGGCGUGCACAAGUACGACCUCACCCCUGACGUGACGCAUCUCGUCGUCGGCGACUACGACACGCCCAAGUAUCGCCAUGUCGCCCGCGAACGAGUCGACAUCAAGGCCAUGGACGCCGCCUGGAUCAACGCCGUCAACGAGCUGUGGAAGAACGACGACGAAUUCGACCUUGCCGCGCUGGAAAAGAGCUACCAGCUAAAGGCGCUGGAGACGAGCGGCGCCGAGCCCUCGUCGCAGGAGGAAACGUCGCCGGCUGCGAGGGGGUCUCUGCUCGUCUGCUUGACGGGCUUCGGCGACACCAGAGACAAGAUUGCAGAGAUGAUUACGCAAAACGGCGGUCGCUAUACCGGAGAUCUAACCAGGCGAUGCUCGCAUCUGAUCGUCAGCAAGCCCGAGGGUAAGAAGUUUACGGCAGCCAAGUCGUGGGGUGUGCAUACAGUUACGCUGGAUUGGCUCGAGCAGAGUGUCGCGCGCGGCAUGAUCCUAGAAGAAACCAAGUUUGAUCCGCUGUUACCUCCGGAAGAGCAAGGCGUUGGCGCUUGGGUCAAGAAAGAUCUAAAGAGGUCAUCACUGGGGAAGAGAGCAAGGUCUGCAGUCCUAAACGGAGGGCCAGACGAAGGCGUGAGGAAGCUGCGCAAGACGGUCAGUAUGAAGCUAAGCUCGCAGAGAAACGACCUCUGGGGCGACAUACUCGGUAGAUCUGCCUCGAGAGAGUAUUCAUUUGCCCACGAUAAUCCGCUUGGAGCACCAACCAUGGACCCUACUCCUGCUGCUGCCGCCCCUGCUGCUAUUUCAGCUCCAGUACCACUCUCCGAAAUUCCCACGCAGCCAGGCUACUCUCUCCAGGAGGACCAGGGCGUCUUUGCCAACUGCGUCUUUGUCGUCCACGGAUUCCCGCAGCAGAGAGCAUCUAUCCUGGAGCAGACAAUUGCGACUCUCAGCGGCACCAUUGCCUCGUCGCUGCAAGCUCCAGCUAUGCUGUCCCAGCCGACAGACCCCGAACACUACCGGUUUCUCAUAGUCCCCCAAACCUCACAGCCCGACACCCACCCCAAAGUGCCAAACGAGCACAUCCACAUCAUUACCGAGUUUUACAUUGAAAACUGUCUGCAUAACAAGCGCUUCUUCAGUCCCAAUGAGCAGGUCCUAGGGCGGCCGUUCCCCUUGUUUCCCAUCCCAGCCUUUUCAAGCAUCACCGUGUGUAGCGCCGCGUUUACCGGAAUAGAGCUCAACCAAGUUGCGAGAAGCGUAGCCCAGCUGGGAGGCAAAUACGAAGAGUCAUUCCGGCGGUCAACAAACGUGCUUGUAUGCAAAUCUCUCAUGUCGAUGCGGAGAGAAAAACUAAAGUGCGCGCUUGACUGGGGCGUCCCCGUCGUUUCGGCAGACUGGCUGUGGGAGUGCAUAUCCAGCGGCAGCCUGGCUCCUAUUGAAGACUUUGUAUUCCCCGAGAUCAAGAAACGGCGCGUCAAGCGGGAUCCCUUUGUCAACGAAGAAGACGACGUCGGCCCAGAAAAGCAGCCUCGAAAGGCCCCGGAGACAAAACCCGCAGCAAAACCUCCCAAGCAAAGCGUCGACACCACCGCCUUUGACAAGGACGUGCCUGAGAAAGGCCGCGCCAAGCAGACGCUCGGGUCCAUCACGCCGGCAGACUUUCUGACUGCGCGAACCCAUCCGGUCAACACUGUGUGGACGGCUGAGACGCCUCCUCUGACUGAGCUGUCGUCGGCCGCGCUCAACCCAUCACCACCACAACCAAAACAACAACCCCCUGAACCAGCCCCUGAACCAACCAAUGAAGCCCCCGUCCCCCAACCUCCCGAAGCUCCAACAGAACAAGAACCAUCCGCCGAACAAGUCGAGAAACAACGCCAGCUAGCCGCCGCCGCCGCCGAGCUCCGUCAAGGCCUCACAUCAGCCCUCUCCGACCUCAUCCCCCUUCCCGCAUCCACCUCCCUCCCCGGCCCCGACUCCGCCGCUCCCCAUCACCAGUCCGACCCCCGCGCCCUCCGUCGUCGUCGCCACAAAAUCCUCGGCCGCGCCAUCAGCAACGCUUCUAACGACAGUAGCGCAGCCAGCAUCGAUAGCGCGGCUUUUCCCCCUCGGGCGCUGCAGGACGAAGACGUCGACGAAGAGAGGCUGCAGAGACAAUCUCCGCCCGCAACUCAGCUCGAGUAUCGCGACCCCGAGGCCAUGGAGACAAAGGCCAUGCUGAUGAGCAGGAUGACCAGUGCCGUCGAAAGCGCACCGACAGAAAGUCUCGGACGCACAAGGUCGUCGAGGAGAAAAUAAAAGAAGGAACGGGUUCCAUGCGUGUAUGAGAAGAAUAAAAAGAGAAAGAUGGGAAGCAUAUAAUGAUGGGGGCUUAUGAUAUUUGGAGCAAUGAGCUUGAAAAUUAGGAGGACAAUGUAUGGGAUAUCGGAUACGGACUUAUGAAUUUGAAUUAAGAGCAUUAAUACACGUAUGAAUG